AUGCCCAAUUACGUCGCAAAUGCAGACAUUAUACUCGCGACUGCUGCUUCAAGUAUUGCAGAAAAGGUCCAAGAGACAAUGACCGUCAUCGCUAUGACUUAUCCAUAUUUCCUUUUAUUUUGGUUCAUUUUUGCAACACUAUCUGCUUUAAAUACAGUCCAAGGCACACAUCAAUCAGGUCCUGAUCUUUCUUGCUCUAAGUCUGUUUCAUACAAAAUCCUUAAUCCAAAAGCCUUACCAAAGAAGACAUGGUCAAUAUCAAGCCAAAUGUGUCGUAAAUAUUAUAAUGGACAUCUUGUCCGAGUAAGUAACAAGGAAACUUUAAAAAAACUGCAAGAAGAGCUUUACAGUAAUCGCAGUGGAAACGAAAAAGAAAGUUACUGGGUUAGUAAUGACAUGUUGCAUGCCGAAGAUCAAUAUAAUUGUUCUGCAAUUACAAAAGAAGGCAAUAUAAAACUGAUGUCGUGCUUCAAACUGUUACGAUUUAUCUGUCACACCCCUUCAAACGGUUAUAGUUCUUCCUGCCAUAACCAGCCUGUUACAUUUAAGAUUGUUGAUCACCAAGCAAUGCACCACAACACCUCCUUAGAUGAAAUCUGCACUGAAUAUUAUGAUGAGAAACUAGGCUCACUCAUAUUGAACAAUGAAACCAUCAUGCAACUGCGUCAAAGACUUUUCUCAAUUUCUUGCAAAAUCAAAUACUGGGUUGGUAUCAAUACUAGGGUAGGAUUUAUAUUUAAAACACAUGGCGGAAAAGUAGUCCCAUUCUCCAAAGAAAUGACUGGAAUUGUGGAUCUUUCAAAUGUAACUGUGCCGAAUGUUACUUAUUGCCUUGCAAUCACAAAAAAUGAUGAAAAACUAAAACCGAUGCCGUGUUCCACACCAUUGAGUUAUAUCUGUCCGACUGUCGAUGAUGGUGAUUUCUGCUCUGAGCAGUCUGUUUUAUACACCAUUGUUGAUAACAAAGCCUUUCCAAAAAGAAAAUGGAAAAAAUCAAAAGAUAUCUGUACUGAAUAUUAUGGUGGAUUCCUUGGCCACGUAAUAAACAAUGAAACUUUCAUGGAAUUGCACAAAAAGCUCUACUCACAUCCACGCGAAAACAACACAGAAAAAUACUGGAUGGGGAAUAGGUGCCGUAAAAAGAAACAAAUAUGUACUAUAUGGGAUGAAGAACUUUCUUGGAAAGACCCUAAGGACCUACUGAUGAAAUCUGUUAAUUUCUCUGUUGCGUGUAAUGACAAUAACCGUUAUUGUCUUGCAAUUUCAAGACAACCUAAGCUAAUACUGAUGCCGUGUUGUACACGGUUAUCAUACAUCUGUCAGACUAUUGUAAAUGGUCCUGCUAACCACUUCUGUCCUAACCAGUCUGUUUCAUACACAUUUAUUGAAAGAGAAUGCAAAUACGUUCCUAAAGCAAUUUGGACUGUAUCAGGACAAAAAGUAUUUGGCCAGGAAACUUUGGAACGGCUGCGUAAAAUACUAUAUACUGAUUCUGCGGAAAACCACACAGAGUACUGGGUUGGCAUUAAGUACAUGAAAGAAUCGGCAGGGCAGCACAGGUGGCGGUUUUAUGAGUUUAAACAUUUAUGGGAUAUAAACACAAUCACACACAAUCAAAAGCAAGCACUGAUUGAAAUCAUUGAUCAUUCAAAUGUAAUUGUGGAGGAACCCUAUUGCCUGGCAAUCACAAAUAACGACAAACUAAAACCAAUGUCGUGUUCCAAAACAUUAAGUUAUAUCUGUCCGACUGCUGCUAAUGGUAUCCCAUCAGCAACAAAGAGCACUGAAAGUACAACAGCACCACUAACAACAACAAAACGUACAACAUACACGUCUAUAUCUGAAACAACAAAAUCAACAGAAACCACUGAAAUGACAACAGCUGCUCCAGCAUAUAGCACAACUGCAACUACAUCAACACAAAAAAUAUUAACACUUAAAACAACCACGACAACAACGAAUAGUGGAAUUUCGACAUCAAUAAAUCCAACCACAAAGCAAAGAAGUGCGAUCACUAAGUCAACGGCUUCAGCUAGACCAAAGAUGUCAUUGAAUGAAAAGAUUGAAAAGUUGCUUAAUAUAGUCAGAGCAAUGAAAUUCGAAAAUUCAAGCAUACUGGAGGAAUUUUUCAAUACGAAUUUAAAUUCGAUGUUCGAUCUUCUUAAGAGGAAUAAAGGAGUAAAAGCCAAUGUUAUGAAAAUAGCUGAAGCAAUGGAAGAAUUUGGCAUAAAGUACGCAAGACGUCAUUUGAAAAAACUAAAGAAGAUAGCUAAGAAGAUAGUGGGGCUGGUUUUUGAGAUGCAAAGAGUUACCAGUAAAAUGAGAAUCGUAUUUCCAUCUGAUAGUAAACAAAGCGACAUGUCAACUACGAUUAAUCUGCCCGACUCGCUAUUUGAUGCAACAGAUCGUUAUAUGGUCAAUGCGCUUUUCUCAGAAAUGACUGAUAACAUCCUCGAUGUAACGGAAAAAGACAACAUCACACAUAAAAUCAUCAGUCCCUUGAUAUCCAGCACAUUGGACCCCAAACCUGAAAACGUCUUAGAAGAUAACGUGACUAUAGUUUUGAAGCAUUUAAAG